GAAUAGUUAUAUUUAAAAUUUUUUAAAUAAGUUUUUAAAAUUCUUUGCGACACAAAGAAAAGUUACUUCUAUAUGAACAUCAAAGAUAUCAUACUAAAUAUAAAACGUUUACGUUGUAUCGAAGAAAAUAAUUUUAAAUUACAUUACAGAAAGUGUAUUGCUGUUAUUAGCAAAAAGAGAACAAAAAUUCGAACAAAGUAGUUUCCAAAAAUUAUCUGUUUACGUAGAAAAAAUAUUAGACAGGAAUUUCUAUUUCGAAAUAAUGAACAGUGGGGAUUUAUUACACGAAGAUAAUCUAAUAUGUAGUUAUCAAAAUCAAGCUCUUACAUUGAUGCAAGUAUAUAAAUUAGAAGAAAAGGAAGAAUUUUUUGAAUGGUUGAGAAGAUUUCAAUAUGUAGCAAAUACUAUCAGUAUACCACCAGAUAAAAUAAUUGAAUUUUUUAACUGCAUGGUGGAUACUGAUGUCCACACAUACGUCAAUAAGACUUAUCCUAUCUAUGACUUCUGUAUAUUUUCGUACGAAGAUACAGUAAAACAUUACUCUAUUGUAUUAUAUAGAAGACGUUUUAUUUCUCGGGAACAAUAUGAAAAUGAGUCAAUACUAGAAUAUUCUUAUAAUCUAAUAAAAAUAUUUAAUGAAUGCCACUAUCGAAUAAAUCCUGAAGAAAAAUUAUGCGAACAAUUUAUUAAUGGACUCCAGGACGAUAAUAUAAGAAAUCAUUUAAAACAAAAACCUUGUUUAUCAUUCUAUGGAACGGUAGCACAGGCAAUGGAAUUUUUAAAAAAUAUUUUUCUAUCCUAUUAUAAAGACCAAGCUCUUAUAAGGAUUCAUUGUUACAAUCUAGGAAUGAAAUGUGAUUUUUGUGACUGGAUAAAUAAAUUUGAAUAUGUAGCGGAUUCUAUUGGGGUACCAGAUAAAAUGAUGGUUGAAUUAUUCAAGAAUAUGGUAGAUGAUGAUGUCCAUAUUGG